GGGCUCGGAAAUCUGUGGCUGAAGGUUUCCCCACAAAAAUUUAUCCUGGAAAUUUUUCAACAUUUGUCUUUAAGAGUUGCAGUGCCUGUUUGUUGGCUCUCUGUCUUCUGAGGAUCAUGAUUUUGACCCCACUGCUGAGAUGCUGGUCCAUGACUAUGAUGAUGAAAGAACUCUUGAAGAGGAGGAAAUGAUGGAUGAGGGUAAAAAUUUCAGUUCUGAAAUUGAAGACUUAGAAAAGGAAGGAAACAUGCCUCUAGAAGAUUUACUGGCGUUCUAUGGCUAUGAAACUUCGAUCCCAGCAGCUGCCAAUUCCAGUGCAAAUAGCUCCCCAAGCGAACUUGCAGAUGAACUACCAGAUAUGACACUAGACAAAGAGGAAAUAGCAAAAGACCUGUUAUCAGGUGAUGAUGAAGAAACUCAGUCUUCUGCAGAUGACCUGACACCAUCUGUGACCUCCCAUGAGACUUCAGAUUUCUUCCCUAGACCUUUACGAUCAAAUACUACAUGUGAUGGGGAUAAAGAGUCGGAGGGUGAAGAUGUUGAAACAGACAGUGGUAACUCACCUGAAGAUUUGAGGAAGGAAAUAAUGAUCGGUUUACAGUACCAGGCAGAGAUCCCCCCUUAUCUUGGAGAAUACGAUGGUAAUGAGAAAGUGUAUGAAAAUGAAGACCAGUUACUCUGGCAACCUGGUGUGGUUUUGGAGAGCACAGUUAAGGAGUACCUUGUUGAGACUUCAUUAAGAACUGGAAAUGAGAAAAUAAUGGAUCGGAUUUCAGCAGGAACACACACAAGGGACAACGAACAGGCGUUGUAUGAACUUCUCAAGUGUAAUCACAAUAUAAAGGAAGCAAUUGAAAGGUACUGCUGCAAUGGAAAGUCCUCUCAAGAAGGAAUGACUGCAUGGACAGAAGAAGAAUGCCGAAGCUUUGAACAUGCACUCAUGCUUUUUGGAAAAGAUUUUCAUCUUAUACAGAAGAAUAAGGUGAGAACUAGAACAGUUGCUGAAUGUGUGGCGUUCUACUAUAUGUGGAAGAAAUCUGAACGUUAUGAUUACUUUGCUCAACAAACAAGAUUUGGAAAGAAACGAUACAACCAUCACCCUGGAGUUACGGACUACAUGGAUCGUUUGGUAGAUGAAACAGAAGCCCUGGGUGGGACGGUAAAUUCUUCUUCAGCCUUAACUUCUCACCGACCUGAGCCCGUUCCUGAUCAGCAGCUGAACAUUCUGAACUCUUUCACUGCCAGUGACUUGACAGCUUUGACCAACAGUGUAGCGACCGUCUGCAACCCCACGGAUGUGAGUUGUUUGGAUGAUAGCUUCCCUCCACUGGGCAACACACCCCGUGGACAAGUCAAUCAUGUGCCUGUUGUAACAGAAGAGUUACUCAACCUGCCCAGCAAUGGGGAAAGUGAUUGUUUUAACUUAUUUGAGACUGGAUUUUAUCACUCAGAGCUAAACCCUAUGAACAUGUGCGGUGAAGAGUCGGAAAGACCAGCAAAGAGAUUGAAAAUGGGCAUUGCUGUCCCUGAAUCCUUUAUGAAUGAGGUGUCUGUAAAUAAUUUGGGUGUGGACUUUGAAAAUCACACACAUCACAUCACCAGUGCCAAAAUGGCCGUCUCAGUGGCUGACUUUGGCAGUCUGUCUGCCAGCGAGACCAAUGGCUUCAUCAGUGCCCACGCUCUGCAUCAGCACGCUGCCCUUCACUCCGAGUGACCCAGGGAGGAGCCCAGGAGCAGUGGGUGUGCAGUACCAGUAGACUUGAGGGGAGCUAUCAGGUUUGCUUAGUCUUUCACUGGAAGUUUGAACCUUUUUCACUAUGACAUCAGUGAUGUCAGUAUGUAUAGAACUAUAUCUUGAUUUAUCAAGAGUAUUUUCAUUUUUCAAUCCAUAAAUGUGGAAAUGAACUAUGAUCAGCAGAGUUGGGAACUAAGAUUGAACUUUGUGGUGCAGCUUUAAGCUCUGCUUCUCUCUUCCUCAUCCCCCAAUACCUCCUCCUUGGUCCCUCCGUUUUCUAUUCUUUUCUGUUCCUCACUGCCCUCACUCCCAAUUUUAAAACCUGUAGACAGAGGCCACCAGCUCAAAACCAGCACAGAAGUUCUGAACUGAAUGGAGUGGCUUCUUCUUGUGUAAAUUCCUUUUGCCAUAAUGGAUGCAGUGGAAUAACAAUGUUUACAGGUACCGAUCCCCGUCCCUGCUCAAUGUAGCAUUUUUUUUUUUUUUGGUUUUAUUUUCUUAAUUAAAUAAAAGCAGGGGUAGGUUUCUUUAAACUGCACAAACAUGCAAGGAUUUUUUUUUUAAUGGAGACUUCUCUCAUGAUAUUCAAGUAGAGCACUUCAGUUUACAAAACAGCAAGUCCAUCUUUAUGGAAGCCAGCACAAGGAACUGCGUGCAAAUUGUGAAGACGCUUGCUUGGAUCCUAUUUCAAAAUUUUAGACCAGGGCUACCUUACACAGAAUGGGUGAUCUUACUGCCAGAAGACUUAUGUGUAACUUCAUUUACUGGCUAAAAAUUUGGCCUUUGAAGUGUGGUAUUCAGAUGGGAUUUUGUCCACCAUUGUCAAGAUUGUAAACUUAAAAAUUAAUACCGGUCAUUGUAUAAAUUUAGUUGAUCCUGAGGCAGUCGACUUGUGGAGGCACAGUCUGCAAAGCCUAGGAUGUUGUCAUUCAGUGGUUUACAUUUUGGGACACCUCUUAAGUUGUUUGUAGCACUGCAGUUCAGUGUUAAUAUUUAGGAGGGACUUCUAGAUUUUAUACGUAAUGCAGUAGAACCUUGAAGUAAUUUAAGCUUUUUUGUUUGGCGUGAACAUUUGGCAAGAAAAAUGUGAGUUCCUAUCUGAAAUAGAAUGGUACUUAACCACUUUACGUUUUAAAAAGUGAUAGACGUUUAGAUGCAUCUCAAACUUAAUUUUAUUUUUAUUCCAAACAUUGUGAAUGAGAAGCCAUUGUCAUAAACUUUGGCCGUUUUGCUCUAUGGACGUGCAUCUUUAAGUUAUAAGGUGAAUUCAAACAAUAUUUAAUACAGUAUUAGGAUGUAAUAGGCUUUGCUUUUAUAGUAGUACAGUUAAGACACAAUUUUACUUUUUUUGUACCAUCUUAAUUAAAAUUUUUUUUUUUACUAGUUAUGUUCCUUUGCAAAAAACUUAAAUAUUUGGCUGCAUUGCUGAUAUUUCCAAGUCUAAGUCGCUUCAAGGUUGUGCUGAUGAGUAGAUAGGAUGUAGUAAUCUUAGUGAUUGAAAGGGAGGGUAUUUAUUACACAAACUGUGAACUGCAAUGACAUCCUUUAUUUUGGAUGAUGUGUAUUGUUUUUCUUUGCAGAAUUUUAAUGAAGAUUGCUUUGAAGUGUUUACGCAGUUGCACAUUUACUAUAAAAUUUAGUUUAGCGCAGUGGACAAAAGUAGUUAAAUUAAUAACUUAAAAAUCAGUCUCUAAUUUAUACAUCUAAACUCUAGCAUUCUUGUAUGCACACAGUAAAUAAUGGGUAGCCUGGGCCCUGUGUUGCUUUCUGAUACUUUCAUCCAAGUUGUCAGCUUCUGAUGGCUGUGUUGUUGUGCUAAAUUUUGAACCUUAUUUCUUGUGUUAAAAAUCAGUACGUUUUCUGUAAUUGAGUAAGAUACUGGCCAGAAUCUUCCAUUGUUGUAACUUUACUUUUGACUCUGGGUUUACAGUGGCUGGUUUGUAUAAAAUAAUUUACACAAAGAUGACUGAAUGCUAAUACCAGUUGCACUUAAAUGACCAUGCCCAUUCUCAGUAGCUGAUGCAGUAAUAUAUUCAGUUUAUCUAUGCAUUGCUGGGAUCUUGAUAGAAGAUGGAAACGGUGUUUCUUAUCUAAAGUUUGGAUUAUCAGCAAGUUGAAUGGACACUUUAGUUAUUUAAUAAAGUUUUUUGACCAAAAUCCAGAAAAUGGUAUGAGAGAAAAAUAAAAUUCCAGCUAGUUUACUAGAUUUUUAAAUGCCAAUCUGAUUUUAGCCUCUUAGAGAGUGCUAGCUAGCUGGUAACGUUUACUUUUAAUUCCUUGUUAAAAUGAGGCAAUAAUUUGCGAGAUUUUUGUAUAUAUGUGUAAAUUCUUCCUAUCUUUUUAGAUCUAAUUCAAUAUUUUCUGACUACUUCUGCCAUGUAUAAUACCAUUUUUGUGCAUGCUUGAUGUGACAUUUAUAAUUGUACCACUAUGACUUUAUCCAUGUAAAAUAGCUAUUUAUUGAAUUUUCUUUCAAAAGCUGGAUUUACUGGGCUUCCCCCCCACCCCAGUUUAACAUUUUAACAGAGAAUUUGUUACUGUUUAUUAAAAGAAUUGCGUUUGAGAGCAUGAAAACAGCCAGUUUGCAAUCAUAUGAAGAAACAAUAAUGCCUUUAUUAUCAAGUGUUAAGCACAAUUCUUAUAACAAACUGUGAUGAAUUCUUUUUGGGUUUCUUUUUUUUAUUUGCCCUUUGCCACGUUACUUUCGUAUGAACAAACCAAAAAUCCAUGGUGAGCAAUUGCAGUGUUGGCUGACGUACCUUUUAUGUACAGGGAAUUUGAAGAGGACAGCAUAUUCAUUUAGAAAUGUAACUGGUGCUGUGAUUAUAGCAAUACUUUUGUUAGCCAUGCUUCAUCUUUUUCAUUCUAGCUUUUUAAAUGUUUAGUUUUCCUCUUGUCAUGGUCAACUGCUGAAUUUACUUGAAGGAUGUAGAAUACUGCUUAAAAAAUGCUAAAGUGUGUACAAUUAGGUCAAAGAAUUGUGCAGUUGUUUCCUUUUCAAUUUUUAAAAUUGAAGGUCAUAAACAUUUGAGAACAUCAGAUCUGACAGAGCGUAGUGAUACUAUUUAAUUUAACCAAAGUCUCUAAUGAAUAUUUCAACUUUGAAUGUAAGCUAAUGAAUACACCUGACCACCAAGGAGAUUUGUUUGCCCAGAGUUUCAAAGCACAUUGUCUACAAAUGGAAAUUGAAAUAAUUUAUAAAAAUAUUGACGUUACUAUGUUUUUUAAAAAGUUCCUAAUUUUUUCACUAAAAGGAGGAAACUAUUAGUUUUAUUGUUAAAUAUGGUAGAUAUUAAUAUUCUUCUUAGAUGACCAGUGAUUCCAUUUGUCCCAGUUUGAAAUAAGUACCCUGUGAGUAUGAGAUAAAUUAGUGACAAUCACAAGUUUUAGUAUCAGAUGUUCAAGAGGAAGUUGCUAUUGUUGCAUUGAUUUUAAUAUUUGUACAUAAACACUGAUUUUUUUGAGCAUUAUUUUGUAUUUGUUGUACUUUAAUACCUGAUGUACAGUUCCAGAAAUAAAAAUCUGGAAAUCUUUUUUUUUUCUUGGUUCGUGUGAGUAUUUGCCACAAAUAAAUUUUUUAUUCAGCAAAUCUUGAACUAUACCAAAUGGGUAGAUACUUUACUACUGUUAGGUUGGGUUUAGAUGUAGUAGAUAAGAUAUCUGAUGGGUAAGUAAUAAGGUCAGUAGAUAAAAUAAGUUUUUCUUAAAUCUGCUGUAGUAGUUCUCCAUCUAUAGUAAUGUUCCUACUGUCCCAAGGUGCGGAUUAUGCUUGUAGUUGUCAUUCAGGAAACAUUGACUGAAUAUCUGUUGUGUUUCAGGCACUGUUCUAGGCAAUCAUGCCUUUUAGGAAGUCAUGAUGUUUGAAAUUGGAAAAUUUUGGGACAUACUUACGGCGAACGAGUCUUCCUUAUCUUUAAUAACCAUGGUUUUACAGACUUGUAUCUUCCUGCAGCCUUCAUCUUUUUAAGCUACGGAGUUUGUCUUAGCCUAAUUUCACAAGUUUGUCUCCGUAUUUCAUUUGCUCUCACCAGAGCUUUCUCUAGUUCCAUUCUUAAUAUGCAGUGAUUAAACUUUAUAUAAUAUCCAGAUGUUGCACAAGGGCAAGAAGAGGAUAAAAUGAAAGCAAAAACCUUGACUCGUUUGCCUUGGUAACUAGUCUGAAAGCACAUUCCUCCCUUCGCAGCCGCCCGCGGACCUCACUGUGCGAGCUCUGAGGCGCUCACAGGUGCACAGCCGCGCCUUCAGAGGGGGCACCAGCGGAAGGAUUGCAGAUGCAGCCGAGAACGCAGCUGCAGCAAGUGCCGCGUGAGUGCUGCAUGGUACUUCGGGCCUGUGAGGGGGAAGCAGCUUCCUGGAAGCAGAAUAAUCUCUAGUGACUUCCAGACCUUUUCCAUUUUGAUCAUUAAUUUCCACCAAUGGUUUGCUUUUGGAGCCAGAUGUUCCUCUGACUUAAAGGCCUCGUGGCAUCUGCGGACUUGGACAUUUCGUCAUAUAUGCUUUCAUUUUAAUUUAGACUAGUCCCUGGGAUAAAGCACUGGUUACCAUUUUCCAUUCAAAUAAGCUGUCCUUAAUCACAAUCCUCUUGGUGUCUGAUUGGGUUCUCUGUGACAAAACAGUGCACAAGGGGCACUGAAUUUGUCGUCCUAGACCAAGAAGUCUCCCAUUUUUUGUAGUUUUAAUACACAACUGACAUUCACUUUAGAGAGAUUCCGUGUGUAUACCUUGAUCUUGAUGAGGGUGUGUUUUUACAAGGAGGUAAAGCAUUACUGUCACAAAGGUGUUUUCUGAUGUAGAAUAAGUAUUUCAUAAGCAUGUGAGAAAUGAAAUCAGCCAUGUAUAAAUCUAAAAAAUUAGAAAACAAUGAAAAUGGCCGUUUUAAUUUUUUAAAUAUCAAUGUUUUAUUUUUAAAAAUAUCCUCACUGCACCCCAUGGUAGUAGGCAAGCUUUAUACUCCUACAGUGGGCAUUUUACGGGCAGGAAUCAUGUUUUAUUCUUUGUAUCCCCCAGAGCCUUUCCCAUAGUACUUAGUCACUAAGUCUAGAUAGCAGGGUCUUCUUGACCAAGCCCCUCUGGCAUCUUAGGAUCUUGGUGACACAAAAGACAAAUGAAACUGGCAAAAAAUCAAAUACUCAUGGAUGUGUAUAUACAUACAUGCCAAGUGUCAAAUGGAAGCCCUUUCUCAAAAGACUCAACUAACAGAUUACCUGAACAACGAUAUAACAACAAAAAAAAAUUGCCUUAAACUGUGAGGCAAACGAUUCAGAGAUACUGGGACAAACUAUGUCUCAGUCAUUGAAAUACUGUCAACUGUUGAACCAUGUUGAAGGCACUAGUACUCCAUUAUGUACACUAUUGAGAUGACAAGUAAAAUGUAUAGUAUGUCAGAUGGUGAUAAAUGCCAGAGAAAAAUAAACUAAGGAAGUAGAAUGAGGAGCGUCAGAGGUGGGAGUCAGGGGACCGUAAAUUUAAGUAUUUAAGUAGGGCGGUUAGGCAAGGCCUCUCACUAAGAGGGUAACAACAAACUGUGGUUAUCUGGGGGAAUGAUCAUUCCUGGCAGAGAGAACAAGUACAAAGGCCCUCAGGUGAGAGUAUGCCUGGCAGGUUCAAAGAGCAGCAAGGCCAGUAUGGUGGGUAGAGUGAGCAAGGAGGAGAGCAGAUGAGAUCAGAGAUAAGGAGUGGCUACAUCAUGUAUGUGGAGGACUUUGGCACUUACUCUGUGAAAUGAAGAGUCAUUGGAGGGUUUUUAGCAGAAGCAUAUUAAGAGCUGACUUAUAUUUUUAAAGGAUCACUCUUAGUGAUCUCGUCUGUAAUACAGGUUGGGGUACAACAAUGUAAGUGGAAAGGCAAUUAGGCUACUGAAAUUGCAAUAAACCAAGUGAAAAAGCUGGUAGUAUAUAAGUGAAGGUGGUCAGAAGUGGUCAAAUUCUGGUUAUAUAAAUUCCAUGUUAGGAUUUGAUGGGCCCAAUACAUACCUUCCUUUGCAUCCAAGUUUAGAACUGAGAGUUGGAUGCAAGGGGCAGAUCAAUGGAGAAUCAAAGUAAGCAUUACUACAAAACCCUGGAGAAGGUGGUUUCAGACCUGUGACCCAAUUGGCUCACAAAUACUCCACCUCUGAAUUAGGCUCAAUGGGUCACUGGCCAGGCUGGUUACAGGCCUCUUCCUGCAAGGGCAGAAAGCAGCCCAGGACACUCUGCUGGAAGGCAGAUCCACACAGAAGGAACUAGAAGAGUGUGAGCCACGGGUGUCUAGCUCUCCAAAGAUACUCUCAGAAAGUCACUCUGCCUCCCAGGAGUGGAGAAGCCAGGAGCAUUACUAACAGAAGCCUGCCACAAGGAAACAUGAAAGCAGGGAGUAAAUGUUCUUCCGCCAUCUUUCAGCUAUAUUCCCAUGCGAAAACUCUCUCUC